GUUUUAAUAUAAAAAAAACUGAGAGAACUGCAUUACAUUUGAUUGUUGUCAUAUAGAAACUCUUAAAUAAAAAAAGAAAUAAAAAUAAAAAUUCUUAAAAUCUUAAAAUAAUUCUUAAGAAGUAACAAACAUCCAAACCUACAAAGUUUCGCCUUUAUAAUAUUAGUAGGACGAGUAAUUAGUAGUCCACUAUAUUAAUCUUAAAAUACACGAAAAUAAAACUGUCUCAGGUAAGCGGAUUUUUUCCAACUAUUUUUAAGAUAUUUUAUUCAAUCAAUUUCGCAGUCACAAUACUACACUGAAAAAUAUUCUUAAUGAAAAAUACUUAAAAAUCCACAUAUCUCAGGGUGCUAGGGACCAAUACAUUUUUAAGCACUUUUCAUUGAGAAUAUUUUUAAGAUAAUUACAUGUUGAAAUAGCAUUGUUGGCUAUUUUCUCUAAAUUUACAAUAAUAGUAAUUCAAAUUAAUUUUCAUAAAAUCAUAUCUUAAAGUAUGCGUUGUUUUAGGUUCUAUGGCUUUCGAUGGUACACUUGGACUGUGUUCAUAUUCCUGUUCUUCGCUAUGAUUAUUCUGCAACCGAUAACAUGGUUCCACUUUUUAUGGACAAAAUACAUUGGCGUCGAAGAGCCCAGGAAUAAGAUUCUACGUUCAAUAUACGAUAACUCUGCAAAUAUCAUUAAAUCCGUUAAAAUAAGGACUGCAAUUUAUUUGAUCGUUAGUUUGGGAUUAGCUGCGAUAUCCAUAGUCAAUGUUAUCGGCUGCACUGAAGUAAAAAUCGAAGAUCCACCCGAUUCUGAAACAGUCCUUUCAAAUUGUGUAUCUUCGUGGCACGUAACGCAAUGCUGGGGACUUGCAUUGUUACUAAAUUUCCUGUUCAGUAGAGUGUUUUUCAUCUUCAAAUGGAUCGUUGCCGGUGGCAUGACUUGCUUUUACUUAUACGUCGUCUGGGAUCUCAAAUCUACUCUUUUCGCUAUCGAUGCUACUUGGAACGUCGGCUUAGAUCCUCGUAUAUCACAUACUUUAUCAGUUAUUAUAAUAACAGUAUCCUUGUACUGGAUUGAUCGGACCACAGAAUACAGGAACAGGUUGGAUAAUCUGUGGCAAAUACAGUUAAACGAAGAACAGCAAGAAGCUGAAACUAUGUUAAAAGUGAACAAUAUGCUUUUGGAGAAUAUUCUUCCAGCACACGUUGUGCAGGUAUAUUUGAAUCUACACCGUUCUAUUGACGAGCUGUACUACGAGAACUAUGAUAAUGUAGCUGUAAUGUUUGCGUCUUUAACUGACUACAAGCUCGGGAUGGAAACCGACGCCGACAUGAGUGAUAAAUUUGUGCUGAGCAUUCUAGACGAAGUUAUAUCAGAUUUUGAUAGGUUGCUUAUUACUGGUUCUUCAAUCCACAAAGUGGAAAAAAUUAAAGUCGCUGGUUGGACAUAUAUGGCAGCUUGUGGCUUAGACCCCAACAGAAGAGAUUCUAUUGAUUCCUCGUCGAACACAUCUACUAUUAGAGGGAAUAGUCCAUAUGAUAAGGCAGUAGUGCUCACAAUGGUCGAAUUUGCUGCAGCGAUGAUGAUGCAACUGCGAAAUUUCAAUAGAGGUUCUUUUCAAAGCUUCGAAGGACUGAAUUUAAGAAUUGGAAUUUCCAACGGAAAGGUCGCGGCGGGUGUUGUUGGGUCCCUUAAACCGCUAUAUGAUAUAUGGGGUCAUGCGGUAAAUAUGGCUUCUAGGAUGGACUCCACAGGAGAAACGGGGAAAAUACAAGUUACAGAAAACACGGCACUAAUUUUAGAGGAAUGUGGUGUUUUAACAGCAUGUCGUGGUGAAACUUUCGUAAAAGGAGCUGGUUAUGUGAAAACGUACUUCGUGCCUCUCGACGACCAUUUCAACUUAAUAAAAACAGAAGACAGCAUACUUUAUUACAGAAAAGAAAAUAGAAACCGUUACAAUAAUUUAAUAAACGGAUUUGAUGAUGUAUCAGAUGCAACAUCUGUUUAUAGUUUCAAUUCCUUAUAUGGAAUGUCAGCGGCAAAUGAUAUCACUAGUAUUCAGGCUGACAAUUAUUUUGCUAGUAGAUCGUAUGAACCAAAUGACGGUGACAGUAUCACGUCAUCAGAACUCGAUUACACAACCACUGAUAAUGCUUAUAACAAUGAUAUGACUAGAAACCAGACGUUUGAACCAGCUGAUUCUACUAGCAACUCAGAAGAUGUUGAAGACACUCGUUGUUAAAAAAUGAAUGGCGUAUAAUAAAUCAUAUUGUAUAAGUCAUAAGUUCUCAUUACUUGGCGGCUGUCCUCUGACAUUCCUUCAAAAUAUUAUCGAUUACAAAUAAGAACGUGAAGAUAUUAUAGCAAAUCAAGAUGUCUCCCAUCAAACGAUGCUGACGUGAUGUUCUCUGUUAGAGUAAUAAUAGGGAGUAUUUAAAACAUAAUGUACGAGUUUAGGUUUAGAGACUUAGUAUAUACUAUCUAAUUAUUUUUUCUAGUCGUUAAGUUUUAAGGUAUUUAAAUAUAUGUGAAGAAUUAAUAAUUUUUUUUUUUUACUUUCGAAUUGAAAUUAAUUCAAUGUUUUCAGCAAUGUGAGAUAAUUUUUUAUUCUUUUUUAAUGAGUGAUGUAAUGUAAUACUAGAGAACAAAUAAUAAUUUAAGCUGCUAGAUAAAUAUGAGAACUGCAAAUUUUUUUACAAUAUUUUUCAAAUUAUUAAAAAUAAGAUUAAAAAUUAGUACCUAUUUUGCUUUUUACUUUAUUAAAAAUUUUUGAUUUAUUGAAUAUAUAUUUUGGUCGAACUAGAUUCAAUAAAAACGCAUUUAACAUUCAUUCA